GGACUUCCGCGCCGGGUGUGAGAAAGCGCGUGCUGCGGUGCAGAGGCGAGGCAGAGCGCGCGAGCCGGUAAGCGCCGGUGAGCUCGUGGAGUAAGUGCACCCGUAUCAGGACGUACCGCGCUGCACCGGGAUCAGCAGCAGCAGCAGGUGCAGGAAGGCCUCUAAUCUACCUCACCAAGCUCUAAUAACUUCACAUCCUCACGAGGAAGAUACACAGAGGAGAACAUAAAGAAAAAAAAAGACCACUCAACGGAAGACAAUUGAUCGAAGACUCCUCUGUUGUGAGGGAACAUCUCUUCGCUGGUUCUAUCUCUCUCUGUCUCUCUCUCUCUCUCUCUCUUUCUCAGGAUGAGGCUGAAGGAUGAUGUGAACCCGGUGGUCUUUUUCCUGUUCAGAGUGGUGGUGGGGAUCUUCUCUGUGAUCUCCUAUGUGCCCAGUCUGCUGCUGAGCUCGUCCAGCUCAGGUUCUCUCAGUCGUCUCUCUCAGCGGGUAAAGGCUCGCUCGGUGACCGGCCGGCCCGCCGGACCCUACCGGGACGUGACCAGUCUGGACGGGCUGGCCACGUGUCUGCAGCCAGGCCUGAACACUCUGGACCGAGUGUUCGAAACCUCAGCCAAGCGUUUCAGCAGGCAGGACUUCCUGGGGACGCGAGAGGUUCUGCGGGAGGAGGAGGAGCUUCAGGAGAGCGGGAAAGUCUUCAGGAAGGUGGUAUUGGGAGAGUAUCGCUGGCUGUCGUUUGAGAAGGUGUAUAGAGCAGCGAGUUCGUUUGGGAGUGGAUUAGCUGCUCUGGGACAGAGACCCUACAAAAACAUCGCCAUCUUCUGUGAAACCAGAGCAGAGUGGAUUAUAGCAGCACAGGCGUGCUUCAUGAACAACUUCCCAUUGGUCACUCUUUACUCUACCCUUGGUGGUCCAGCGAUUGCUCAUGGACUCAAUCAGACUGAAGUCACCCACAUCAUCACCAGUAAAGAGCUGCUGGAGACCAAACUCAAGUUCAUCCUGAUGGAAGUGCAGAGACUCCAGCAUAUUAUUGUUGUUGACGAAAAACCCACAUCCUGUGUAGGUUACCCACGAGGCAUCAGUGUGCACAACAUGGCUGCUGUACAGGCACUUGGAGUCAAGCCUGAAAAUGCCUCCAGACCCCGACAGCUUCCUGCUCCCAGUGACAUUGCUGUGAUCAUGUACACCAGCGGCUCCACUGGAGUUCCCAAGGGCGUCAUGAUUUCCCACAGCAACCUCAUAGCGAGCAUCGCCGGAAUGGCUGAGAGAAUCCCCAACCUUGGUUCGAAUGAUACAUACAUCGCAUACCUGCCCCUGGCCCACGUCCUGGAGCUCAGUGCGGAGAUGGUGUGUGUCGCCUACGGCUGUAGAAUUGGAUACUCCUCACCUCAAACACUCGCAGACCAGUCUACCAAGAUUAAGAAGGGAAGUAAAGGAGACACCAGUGUUCUACAGCCCACACUAAUGGCAGCUGUACCGGAGAUAAUGGAUCGUAUCUAUAAGAAUGUGAUGAUGAAGGUGGAGGAGAUGAGCACGCUGCAGAAGACGCUCUUUAUACUGGCCUAUAACUAUAAGAUGGAGCAGCUGGCUAAAGGCAACAGCACUCCACUGUGUGACAAGUUGGUGUUUAAGAAGGUGCGGGCGCUGCUGGGCGGGCGGACGCGGGUGCUGCUGUCGGGUGGUGCUCCUCUGUCUGCGGCGACUCAGCGCUUUAUGAAUAUCUGUUUAUGCUGUCCUGUGGGUCAGGGCUAUGGCCUUACUGAAACCUGCGGAGCCGGAACCAUCAGCCAACUUUGGGACUACAGUACAGGAAGGGUAGGAGCACCUCUGGUCAGCUGUGAGAUUCAGCUGAAAGACUGGGCUGAGGGUGGUUACCGGAUCACAGAUAAGCCCUGUCCAAGAGGGGAGAUCCUGGUUGGUGGGCCGAACGUAACGAUGGGUUACUAUAAGAAUGAAGCGAUGAAUCGGGAGAAUUUCUUUGUGGAUAAGAAAGGCCAGCGGUGGUUCUGCACUGGAGACAUCGGCGAAUUCCAGGCUGAUGGAUGCCUCAAGAUCAUUGACCGUAAAAAGGAUCUGGUGAAGCUGCAGGCUGGGGAGUACGUGUCUCUGGGGAAAGUGGAGGCCAUACUGAAAAACAAUCCACUUAUCGACAACAUCUGUGCCUAUGCUAACAGUGAUGAGUCUUACGUGAUUGGCUUUGUGGUGCCCAAUCAGAAGCAGCUGAUGGCACUGGCGGAGAAGCGCGGUAUCUGUGGCUCAUGGAUGGACAUCUGUAAUAACUCUGUAAUAGAGGAGGAGGUGCUUAAAGCCAUCACUGAUACAGCUCUGUCUGGUCAGCUGGAGAGGUUUGAGAUCCCACGGAAAAUCUGUCUUAGUGCCGAGGCCUGGACUCCCGAGACGGGCCUCGUUACCGAUGCCUUCAAACUGAAGCGCAAAGAGCUGAAAUCAUUCUACCAGAACGACAUUGAGAGGAUGUACGGAGGAAAGUGAGGUCAGAUCCAACCUACAGUAGAUCUGAUCUCGCCUGGAUGGGCCUAUAUUACAACAAAUGGAUAUUUAUCCCAUGAGAGAAUCCCGCCUACAGUCAGAGACGUCUGGAUUCUGAGAUCAUCAUGCAAAAAUGCAGCACACCUAACUGACACCUAAUAGACUCGGACUAUAUAUGUAGGGUUUUUCUCGUUUUUUUGCGUUUGUGUAAUUGUAAAUUAUAAAUAACAGAUUCUGUUACUGUUUGUACAGCAUCCUGUUUUUACUGUAAAUCUGCAAAAAUGCUACGACAGUAUAGCUGGACUCUAUACUGCCCCAUAUCUGUGCAAUAGAGAAUGCGCAAUGACUAGUAUACAGUAUAUACAGCUCAAACCUGAACAAAACUAAACAAAACACAGCCCGUUUUUAAAAGUAUAUUUAAAUAUCACAAUAAUGAUCAUUUUGGUAGUUGACUAAUCUCAAUUGUUUGUUUUUUUCCGUUUUUGUCGAUUAGCCAGGGAUUAUUUCUAAUAUGUACUCAAUCUCUGUUUUCUGUGUGUACAGCUUCUGUUCCUUGCUUUCUUUUUAAAUGAUAGAAACCGCAAAACAUGGGAUUUAAAUGCCCUUUAAAUGUCCAGAAGAUGUUUAAAUGUGAAAUGUUCUGAUAUUUAAGUAGUAAAUAUUAAUUAAGCAGUGCUUAUCCCUCUCCAAUUGCCUUUCUUCCCCAAAUUUAGGAUUAGUCAAUUAGUAAAAUUGGCACCACAAAUUAUUGCAAAUUACUUAUGUUUUGUUAAAUUAUUGCAAUUAAUUGUGUUUUUUUUGUAUGUAUUGGAACAACACACAAGAGCAAAGACAAAAGGUGAAAUUUUACAAAGAAAAACAAAAAUAAGCCUGACAAAUUAAUUGACACCUUUCCAAAAUUGUGUUUCAAGUAUGUAAUGCUUGUUUAAACUCACCUGUUGCAAGUAACAGGUGUAAGCAAUAUAGAAAUCAAUAUAGAGAUCUGUGUUUCUUUGUCCAUGGUGCGCAACAUAAUCAAGAAUUUUAAACCCGUGGCACUGUAACUAAACUCCCUAGACAUGGAUGGAAGAGAAAAAUGUAUGAAAGAUAGCAAUGCAGGUUAAUUGAUUAUGGUGGAUAUGCAGCCCCUUCAAUUUCCAAAGAAAUUCAAGCUGUCCUGCAGGUUCAGGGUGCAUCAGUGUCAGUGCAAACAAUCGACAAUUGUAUGAAAUGAAACAUUAUGGCGGGAGACCCAGGAGUACCCCACUGCCGACAAAUAGGCAUAAAAAAGCUAGACUGCAGUUUUCCAAAAUGUAUGUAAUCCAAAAUCCUUCUGAUAAAACGCAAUGUGGACAGAUGAGACCAAGAUUGAGCUUUUUGGUAAAAAACAUCAUUCUACUGUUUACCAAAAACAAAAUGAGACCUACAAAGAAAAGAAAACAGGACCUACAGUCAAAUAAAGUGGAGCUUCAAAGAUGUUUUGAGGUUGCAAGGCUUUAUGAAAUCUGAAUAUUACCAAAGGAUUUUGGGUUGCACUGUAUAAAAUGUAGGGCCCAGUGUCAGAAAGAUGGAUUUGUGACCUAGGUCAUAGGUCUUGCAGCAGGACAAUGACCCAAAACACAUACACAUAAAAAGCAGCCAGAGAUGCUUGGAAACGAAAUACUGUAAAGUUCUAGUGGAAAUAAGCAAGUGGCAGCAAUGAUUGCGUAACUAAAUCAAUUUGAACACAUAAGAAGUGAUCUUAAAAUUGCUUUUGGAAGAAGCACCCUUCAAAUAUGAGAGAACUGGAGCAGUUUGCAAAAGAAAAAGUGGUUUAAAUUCCAGUUUAAAAGUCUAAGAAGCUUGUUGAUAGUUAUAAGAAGCGACUGAUUUUAGCAUUGUUUUCCCAAAGGGUGUGUAACUAAAUAUUAAGUUGAGGGUGCCCAAACUUUUGUGGGAAAUGAUAUAAAUGUUAGCUUUUUUCCCUCUGAUUUUUUGUGUUGUUCCAAUAAACACAAAGGAAAUAAACAUGUCUCUAACAAAACACAUGGAAUUGCAAUAAUUAUCUAGAAGUAUAAAUUACUUAAUUUUCUGGAGAAAAAAAAUCAGCCACAAGUGUACAUAACAUUUUAUAAUGAGUGCCAAAUGCUUGUAUAAUAACUAAUACCGUAUUUUUUUAUACUAUAGGGUGCACUUAAAAUCCUUUAAUCUUCCAAAAAAUCAUCAAUCAGUGCACCUUAUGUAUAAAAGUUAGUCAGGUUGUAAGCAGCAGUAGCCUAAAGUGCUAAGUGCUAGCUCUUUUGCCAUUCAUAGGCAAGUAUAUCAGAGUGUAGCCUGCUGCUAAUUCCGACUAGCACUGCUAGAGCAGCAUUAGCCGCUACCUUGUCGUUUAGGGGUGAGUAUUAUCUGCCUGUAGCCUGCUGCUAACCCCAGCUAACACUGCUGGAGCAGCAUUAGCCACUAGCCUCACUAAGCACUAGCUCUUUUGUGGCAGGAACAGCUAGAAAAUAUCGCCCUGGCUUACUGGAACACUCAGGGUUACUCAUUGUAGCGCUAUCAGGCAGCAUUUACUGGCACUAACUGCAGCUAGGCCUAGCGGUUAGCCGCUAAUGUUAACGCUGCUACUCCCAACCUUAGUGGCAGUCUGGAAAUCUAAGCGUACUGUAAAUAAACUGAAGCAUUUUACCCACCCAAAUAAACAGUUUUAUAAUCCAGUGCGCCUUAUGUACAAAAAUAGAUGUUCGUUGAUAGUGUGCCUUAUAAUCCAGUGUGCCUUAUAGUGUGAAAAAUAUGGUAAGCACUUAUAGCAACAUGCAUAGCAUGUUAUAAAGUACAUCUCUCUUUUAUAAUUUUAACAGAUUCUAUAAUACUAAUAUUCCUAUGAACAGACAUUUGAUACUUCUCUUUAUGAAGCACAUAUGGUAACACUUGCUAUGAAUGUCAUCUCUAUAAGACUCUAUAAACAUACUCAUAACACAUGAUAAUGCAUUCAUAAGGCAUUAUAAACAUGGCUAUACAUAUUUAUAAAAAUGUAUGAUUCAUCAUAGCCAUGUUUAUUAUGCAUCAUGAACUGUGAUUAUAAUGCAUUAAUAGCUGUGUUUAUAAUGUUAUACCUCAAUACCAAGAAACUCCUAUUAAUAUUUUUUAUCCACUCAUAAAUUAUACUUGUCUUGAAUAUAAUAUUAGUUAUAGUGAAUUAUAAUGUAUUAUAACAGGUCUUUGUGCGCUCUAAGCGAAGUGACACCCUUUCAUUGUGGGACUAGAUUAAUAACAAUAGAUAUAUAUACUAUUUUAACAUAUAAAUCAUAAACACAGCUUAUAAUGUAUUAUGAUCACAAGUCAUAAUGCUUAAUAAACACAGCUAUAAUGGGUUAUGCAUUUUUAUAAAUAUUUAUAGCCGUGUUUAUAAUGCCUUGUGAAUGCAAAGAUGUUAAGAAUGUAGUUAUAGAGUCUGUAAGUGUUACCGCACAUACUUGUCUUUUUUUAAAUACCUGAUUUUUUACACAGGUUUAUGACAGUCAUUAUAGGGGGUAUGUAUGUCAUAUAAUGCAUUAUUAAUCAUGCAUCCUUAAUGCAUUAUGAAUACAGGAUAGAAGAUGCUAACAAAUGCAUUUGAUAAAAAUGAUAAUAGUCCUGACAACAGCAAUGGCAGUAAUUAGAAACUUCAGUAUGGUCAGAGUAAACUUCAGUAUACAGUACUGUGGAAAAAAAUUGAUUUCUUCAAUUAAAUUGCCAUGUAAUUAGCUCACCUAUCAGCAGAUUCCUCAGGGAAAGAUUAUCUAGACUUGAUCUGUGACCUUGUGUUUAGAGAUGAGAGUGUCUGUGUGUGGUGUUGUCUCCUCAGAAUAAUAAAAUGUGAUCUGAUGCACUUUUAUGAAGCACUAUUCAGUGCACUGUAGUACUGCCAGAGUCUUUUUUUGUCAGAUCAGUUUAAUAAAACAUCAAGGUUAGAUGCUGUAUGACAGUAUAUAAUAAUAUAAAACCCAUCUUGCUUUCCUUUGCUAAGUUUGUUAGUUAGCCGACAAUGCUAACAAAAGUAUAGGAAUACUGGUGUUUAUUUGUAAUCUCUCCAUUUAUUUUCCCUGGUUUCUACACUCCCUCUCUUUGGGGCCUUAUGAUCACAGCGGUGACCGUAUCAUGCAUUAUUUAUUUGUAAUUAGUCUUGAAAAUUGAUUAUAUUACUGAAAUAAAUGAUUACCUUAAAAUUAA